AUGCUGAAGGAAGCACUAUCGCCGCUGAAGAAACCGCAAGGGGCCCUUCAAGAGCAUGUAAAAACACCAGUUACCCCAGGGCUUCUACAGCUUCCACGAAACCCACCAUUAAUAACGCCGGUAGAAGCAGUCGAACAGGCCGCCAACAAUCCCACUCCCAAACAACUGAAGCUAUGGCCGACACUAACCGUGGACGAAUUCCGCGAAGCCCUCGGCCGCAAGGCCAUACGGCGUGUAAUCCGCAAGCAGCUCCAAGCCUGCCAAAAUCCACGCGACAUCCUGCGCGUCGUCGCCGUCGCGCUGCAGCGACCAGAGACGACCCUGCAGCUCCGACACCUCUACCACGCCCUAACCAUCGCCCUCUUCAACGCGCGAAACCGUGCACCAGACACGGCCAUUCUGGCGACCCUAAACGCCAUUAUCGCGCGCUUCCGCCUGGGCAACAUCCCCGUCGCUGACGAGCUCAUCGUGCUGGGCCUGAAGUUCGCGGCACGCACCCGCUCGCUGCCGGCCAUGAAGCGGUACCUGAAGGAGACGAAGGACCGGGGCAUCAUGACGAAGAACCUGUUCCGCAGCGUCAUCGCCAAGUGCAGUAUCGGCAGCCGGGGGUUGGGAGAGAUACGGAACGGGAAGUGGAAGAAGAGCGAGCUGGUGCAGGUGCUGACGGGGUUUCCGGGCACGCCGCCGGAGGAGGCGUGUCAUCUUGGUAGCUUUGUGAAGAGGGACGAGUGGAGCUUUAUUCAUGGAUGGAUCACGAUAUUGGCGAGGUGUAAGCUGCAUGAUUUGUUGGAGGAGGAGUGGAGGUUGUGGCUGCAGCAUCCGUUGAGGACUUCGCCGAGACAGUUGUCGAAAACUGAGAUUGAGGAGGCUGAGAAUGAGGACGAUUUCAAUGCGUAUCUGGUAUCGCAUGACGAAAAACAGGGAAGCAACGACGUCGACAUGAUAUCGGAGUCUGACAUCGAGGUUCUAUCGCAAGCCGGUUCGGAGUCCGAUCUCGAAAGCUCGUCACAAUGCGGGUAUGCGCCACUAAACCCCAACCCCGACAACCCUGGCAAGUGGCGGUUUUCGAAUCGGACGACGCAGACAAGAGGGGACCGGUUGUUUGUGGAACAACUUAUGCACGCCGGCAACGCUGAAGGCGCCUGGAGAAUGCUCAAGGAGAGCGGCCUGCCGUGGGCUGACCUCGAACGUUCAGCGCGAAACAGAUUACUUGAGCACGUCGAGCACGCGACGGUUUGGAACGACGAACUUCGUGAGGCGAUGAAGCUGAAAUAUUUAGAAGACUUGGAGUCCAUAGAGAAGGCACUGGGCGUGCGCUGGGUGGCUGACAAUGGUGAAGGCUACCAUGUCUUGACUGGAGAUCCUGAAGAGGCGUUGGAGCGGCUUUCGGAAAUGCGUAGCGAUCCAAGACAUGGCUUUCCGCUGGAGGGCGAUGAGGAUGUUACGUAG